GAGCGCAAGUCCGACUGUGAUCCCGGAUUCGGUUCACAAUGGGCCAAGAGAUCUACUUGUCCUCUAAACGUGUGCUGUUCAAAGUUUGGGUUUUGCGGAACCACGAAAGACUUUUGUGGCAACAAGAAAGUCAAACGAGAGACCUGUGAUGAAGACGGCACCCUCAAUAGGGUGGUUGGCUACUACGAAGGAUGGGGUGCUCGAAGGCCAUGCAAUGCCUUCUUUCCUGAGCAGAUUCCUCGUGGCGUCUACUCAAUCAUCAACUUUGCCUUUGCGACGAUUGAUCCCCAGACAUUUGAAGUUCUUCCCGCGACACCUGAGGACAUACCACUUUACAAGCGCUUGACAGCGCUCAAGAAAGAUGACCCCACACUCCGCAUAUACAUCGCCAUUGGCGGCUGGACAUUUAACGAUCCAGGUCCUACUGCGACUGUCUUCUCAGACAUUGCACGGUCGGAAGAGAAUCAGAAAAAGUUCAUCAAGUCUCUGAUUGCCUUUCUAAACAAGUACGACAUGGACGGUGUUGAUCUUGAUUGGGAAUACCCCGAAGCUCCGGAUCGCAGUGGCAGAUCCGAAGACUUUGCAAACUUUCCUAAAUUCAUGCAAAACUUAUCCAAAGAGCUUCGGCAGACAGCAGGCCGCGGCGGGCUAUCUAUCACGCUCCCAGCAUCCUUCUGGUAUCUCCAACACUUCGACCUCGUCAAGCUCAAGAAAUCAGUUGACUUCUUCAACAUCAUGUCAUAUGAUUUGCACGGCACGUGGGAUAAAGGCAACAAGUGGACCGGCGAAUAUCUCAACCCUCAUACAAAUAUUACCGAGAUCGAUGCCGCUCUUGAUCUCCUUUGGAGGAACAAAGUGGAUCCAAACAUGGUAGUUUUGGGCCUUGCAUUCUACGCGCGAGCUUACACGCUCAAAGACCCAAGCUGCACUGAAGCUCAGUGCCAAUUCGCAUCGGGUGCCAAGAAAGGUCCUUGCAGUAACGAGGCCGGUAUCUUGCUCAACUCUGAGAUCGACGAUAUCGUUAAGAAAAAGAGCCUUGUGCCCAAAUCAUGGGAGAAGGAGACUGUGAAGAUGCUUCACUGGGACGACCAGUGGCUGACGUACGACGAUGCGGACACGUUCAAGAUGAAAGCCAAGUUCGCCCGCAAGCGCUGCCUGGGCGGCGUUAUGGUAUGGGCCAUCAGUCACGACACCAAGGACGCAAAGUACACGAAAGCUCUGGCGGCGGCGGCAAAUCGCAAGAUCCUUCUUCUUCCGAGUACGGAAGGUCCUGAAAAGGAAGUUAAGAUUCCGCAUCCCCAGUGCAAAUGGACAAACUGCAUGGAUGGGGGCUGUCCCUCGGGCUGGCAAAUAAUGAAGCGCAGCGAUGAGCAUGCCCGUACCGAUGAAUAUAUGUUUGACAACUCGGGGUGUGACGGUGCGGGUAUCCACCGCCUCUGUUGCCCGUCGUCCGAGAAGCUUCCAACGUGCGGUUGGUACACACUUCCCAAACGCGGCGGUAAAUGUGAUUCGAAAUGUCCGGAUGGCACUCAGGAAGUCGGAUCCAACUCAAAUUACUGUGACUCGGGCUACCAGGCCGCCUGCUGCACCACUUCGGAUUCGGAUAAGAAACCACUACGCUCCAUGGAGCUCUAUGAGGGUUGUGAGUGGUCCGAUGCGCCAAUGUGCGAUCUGGGCAAGUGUACGUUUGCUGGCUCAGCAUGGCCGACAGAACUAGUCGUCUCAGCAACGGGCAGUGGUGGUGCCAUUUGCAAUAUGCGUUCUGCGGGCUGGGAAGCAAGUACCUGGCAGGUUCAGGAACGUAAGUACUGCUGCGACACCAAGACGAACAACCGCAAAUGGAGCAACUGUAAAUGGGAAAAGUCGCUCGGAUGGGGUUCCGCGGGAGCCCGAUGUUAUCCCAACUGCCCUGAAGGCAAAACACGAGUGGCCAUGGACGCUUGGGGUGACGGUUGUAAGACCAGUGGUGCCCGAGCGUACUGCUGCGACGCGGAUAACUACGAAACCGAGACGCGUCCGUCAGAUGAGAUACAAAAGUAUCGCGAUGCCAUGGAGGCUUGGGUCAAGAGUCCAACUUGUCCUCGGGGAACGGGGUCUCUCCAACGACGUUAUCUC